AUGAAACGGUCAUUUUCAGAUAGUAAUUCUUCUCACAAUGAUGAUGAUGAGGAAGAAGAUGCUUACAAUGAUGAUGAAUCAUCUAACAAAACUUCUGAGCCAGUCCUAGAAAGCAAUCGUAAGAAGAAGAGGCAAGAAAGCUCCUUUGUUUCCUCGCCUACCUCCUCUUCAAGUGAAAGCACUGAUGGUAAUGUUGAACAACCAAGCAUAGAAGUGAAUCAACUCUUCCCUUAUCCUGAAGAUUGUCUUCCUGUCUGUAGAAGUGAUAAUCACAACAAUAUUAUUAUUGACAAUGAUAAUGAUGAAUCUGAUGUAGCUAGUGUGAAUAAUGAUGAAGAAUUGGCAGCCAUCGCAACAGAAUUAAUAGACACUGAUCAUUGUGUCCAUUAUAAUAUUAUUAGUAUUAAUAAUAUUAAUAACAAUGUGGCUGAUGUAUUACCAGUACAUGGCGCUCACUUGUUGCCUUGCUUCUACUCUGAGAGUAUUCAAUUGGUUGAUAGCUUGUUUGAUGAUGAUAGUGAAGUGAAUACUGCCAGGCUUGAAGAAGACGAAGAAAAGAGCUUCUUCUUCCACUUGCCCAUCAUGAGCAAGAUUCAGAUUCAUCAAAUGAUGAGGAUACUUUGA